CUACUUAUAUAUGUGUUUCAGGGGAAUAAACGCAAGGAUAUAUGGCUUUCCACCGGAUGACGCAGUGGUGACUGCCCGAACACAGCUUAUGGCUAUGACGGAGGAAUGGCCCAAGGUUGAAGAUUUCGUAUCGAAGUUCGAACCCAGGUUUGUGCUCCGGAUUCCAUCAAAUGCAGGGAUUGCUGCAUCUGGCGAGACUGCUCAAGCUGGCAUUCAGAAUGUCAUUGAUGCAAAACAGAAAAGUGCAGCCGCUGCCGAGGCUGCUGCUGCUGCGCAGCGAGCGGCGGACGCAGCAGCCACUGCUGCGCAGGAUGCCGAAAAAGCCCGUGCAAUGGCCGUCGAAGCGGCCAAGCAGUUGCUUCGGACGAAGAUGGCAGAGAUCGAGGCAUCGACGAUGCUGAAGAAGCCGGGAUCCAAGGAAGACGAUCAAGCUGCGAGGGACCUGCUCGCUUUGCAGGCGAGCCAGGAGGCUGCCAAGCAGCUGCUGGAACUUACCGCAGCCUCGGAGAACUGUGAAGUUGCCUCUGCACAGGCUUCUAUAGCGGCGUCGGAGGCAGAGCUGGCAUGGACUGCAUGUGCUGAUGCAGGUAUGGGUGCACAGGCAGCGGAAGAGUCGAAGCUGCAAGCUCUUCAAGCAGCCGAGCUGGCAACGUCAUCAUUGCGUAAUGCUAUCCUUCACAAAGAGAAGGCCGAGCGCGCUCUUGCAGCGACAAGAGCCGUGAUCGCAAGAGCAAACGAGAUUGCCGAGAGCAAGACCAUUCUGCUUUCCAUCCUCCGACCGGAGAGCACUGGCAAAGGCAAGGCGUCUGCGAAUGUGCAGGCUAUAACAGAGGAGAAGCGCUCGUCACUGCUACACGAUUUAGAAAAGGUCGGAGAGCCGGUUGUAGCAGAGCGCAAAACUGAGCCGUUGACCGUCGCAAGCGUGCAGGUGCAGAAGAUUCCACUGAAGACGGAAGCUGCAGGACCCAUGCAUCAGAAAUGCAAGGAUAUGGAGGACAACUAUGUACGCUGCGCCAAGGAGAACUUCAGACAUCUCAGAGAGGAGAGAGCCGUGUCAACCAAGUACUUUGUCGAGGGAAGAAUUGACUUCUACAAUUUCCUAAAACGGCAAGAUGGAAAGCAGGCCAUUCUUGAUACCUUUCAGGCAAGAAGCACUCUAACUAAUAAUUCACAGCUCACUGAGCUCAGCAAAGGAGUCAAGGCUCAUGAAGCCAUUUUCUGUACCUUGCCUGCCCUAACCGAUGAGGAGGUGGAAGAGAAAACCGUUCCACUCCUCCGGGCUUUGGUGGAUGUCCGGACUGUUGAGGACCACGCUGGCCAACUCGCCAAAGUAUUCGACGAGCUUAAGAAGUUGCGCGAGGACAUGGCCCUGAUGGCGCAACAGCACCGUGACCAGCUGCAACAGCUUGCUAAUGUGCAGCCAGCCCAAAGCACCUUUCCAUCUACCUACCCUGCUUCUAGUGCUGCGUGUCAGUCUGUUUUUGCCCCUCUAAAUGUGUCUUUUUCUACUUCUUCUUCAUCCUUGAGUGUGGCUAACAGCCAAUCCGGAUCUGCAGCAGGUCCAGACCCUGCUGCUACUGCUGCUGCAGCGGCAAGCGGUGGUGCAGGGAAUUCUGGAACUGUUGUAGCCCCGGGCCCGGACCCAGCAAUGGCUGGGCCAGGCGGCAGCUUUGCUUACAUCGACAGGAAGGCGGCGCAGAUUCCGUCCAAGUAUGACGAAAAGGACGAUCUCGAGUCUUGGAUCAGCUCCAUGCGAUCCUACUUUGAUGUAUUGAGGACACCCCCGUCCACUCAGUCGUCUAUCCUAGGGACCAAUGUGGAGCCCGUCGUGAGAGGUUUCCUGGAAACCCAAGCUGUCCAAUCAGGCUAUAAGAGAACAAACCUGAACAAAUGGCUAAAGGCUACGCCUACUGCCGCACUUGAGGAUCUCUUGAUCAAACAAUAUGUUGAUCCACAUGCUGCAGCUAAAGCAAGACUUAAGCUUGACAAGCUCAAGCACAGCAAGUGGACCGGCACCAUGCACAGCCUGCAGCAGUAUGUUAGUAAACUCUUUGCUACUCCGGAUUUGGAGAUGACUGCGCAGUCCUGCCUGGAUGUGAUAAAAGGAACGGUCCCCUUUACUUUGAAAGAUCGCCUAGGGCUCGGGCUCAGCAGAUAUACAGAUUGGCUUACCCUCAUGCGGGAUUUAAUCAAGCUGGAGGCACAAGACCUCCCGGGUGGAUCAAGUGGCAAAAAGGCCACCAGCCGCAAGCGUUUUCCUGGCAGCAACUGUUUUGCAGCACAUGAUCUGCUUGAGGCUGACGAGGAGACCCUCGUGGAUGAAUCUUCUCUUGAUGACGAUCAAGAGCAAGACUACGGGGCAUCUUGCUCUUUGUCAGCCCAUGAGUCUGAGAAUGUAAAUGACGAAGAAUCUAUGAAUGCCUUUAAAAAGACUGCCUUUAAAA